AUGGAAGUAAAACAAGAAAUUGGCGAGGAAACCUUUAAAGUUGAAAUUGAAUGGAAUCAACUGGAUGAUGGUCUUUGGGAUGAUUUAAAAAAAUGUGAAAUUAAGGAAGAAUCUAGUAGGCAAAAUACACAUGACACAUGUGACUAUUUAGACUCCAAGAAAUGUCCUGUAAUUAUUAAAAUCGAACAUGAAAAUAAAAUUGGAGAAAACCAAAAAACUGAAAAAGGUUAG